AUCCCGCGUACGCGUCUCUCUCAGAAUAAAGUGGGAGUUGAGUAGUGUCACUCGCACAACAGAGUCUCUCUCUCUCUCUCUCUCUCUCUCUCUCUCUCUCUCUCUCUCCCCCCCGAGCGUGCACUACGUCUUCUGCAAGAUUUGGGGAUCUAGCUAUGAAUCGCCACCACGACCCCAACCCGUUUGACGAAGAAGUGGUCGAGGUCGAGGUCAAUCCCUUUUCGAAUGGUGCUGCUGCUCCUAAGUCAAAGUCACGAGUUCCACCAGUGUCAUCUGACCAUCUGGGUUUUGGGCAGAAACACGAUGCCACAGUCGAUAUUCCGUUGGAUACAAUGAAUGAUUCUAAGCAAAAGGCAAAAGAGCUUGCAACUUGGGAAGCAGAUCUCAAGAAGAGAGAAAAGGAUAUUAAACGUAGAGAAGAUUCUGUUGCAAAAGCUGGUGCCCCUGUUGAUGAUAGAAAUUGGCCUCCUUUUUUUCCAAUUAUUCACCAUGAUAUAGCUAAUGAAAUACCAAUACAUGCUCAAAAGCUACAGUAUCUGGCUUUUGCAAGUUGGCUAGGCAUAGUUCUUUGCCUAUUUUUCAAUGUGAUUGCGAUUAUCGUCUGUUGGAUUAGAGGCGGAGGUGUUAAAAUAUUUUUGCUUGCGACGAUCUAUGCUCUAAUGGGAUGCCCUCUUUCAUAUGUUCUUUGGUACAGGCCUCUCUAUCGUGCUAUGAGGACUGAUAGUGCCCUGAAGUUUGGUUGGUUUUUCUUGUUCUACAUGCUCCACAUUGGGUUUUGUAUUUUUGCGGCGAUAGCUCCUCCAAUUGUCUUUAAUGGGAAAUCAUUGACGGGCAUUCUUUCGGCAAUUGAUGUUUUCUCUGACCAUGUGGUGGUAGGGAUAUUCUACUUAACUGGGUUUGCCUUGUUUUGCUUGGAGUCUCUUCUAAGCUUAUGGGUACUUCAGAAAGUAUACAUGUAUUUCAGGGGGAACAAGUGAGAUUUGAUGGUGGGAUUCAGAGUUGCAUUGCCUUUCUAGAGUGGUUUUAGUAUAUUCUUGUGCGGCGUAUUUUGUUUGCCAUUUCGUUGCGAUAUGAGUUAGUAAAGAACGAUGAGUAAGCUAUAUAUGUAGUGUUGUACCCAGACUCUAAACUACGUUGCGUUAUAAUAUUACUGUUUUAUGUGUUGCAUUUUCAUA